AUGGACCCGUUGGCGUGGCUCGUGGAGGAGCCGCCAGAGAAGCCAGAAACUGUGCUUACAAAGAGGACGCUCAUCAACCUGCCAAUUGUGCUCAAAUUCUUUCCUUCGUUCAAAGUUGACCUCCAUAAGCAAUGGGCUGGCCUACCGUCAAAGAGCAUCAACGACGAAAGGGAGCAGCUGCUCCACCCACCAGAAGCCGAUUCGUUUUUUGGCGACGAUAUGAGUGAGGAUGAUGACGAUGGAGAAAUUUUGUGGCAGACGAAGAAGAGCCAGGAACUGGAGGAUGAGGAGGUGCUACUGCCCAAGUUCACUGAAGUGAGCGUGAUCGUGAAAUUGUGCUCCUUGAAUGCCAAUGGCGUUGAGUUCUCGUUCCCACUGGCACUACGAGACUGUGUGUUGGUGCCUGGAACUGAUCUGGAGGACUCUUUGUUUGUUUCUCUCAAGCUGAGCUUCUUGCUACUUAUACGGCUCUACUACAUGCCUAAAGACGUGGACCCGAAUAUCACCAAGAAGGGCAAUUUCGACCCCCAUUCCUAUGUCUACAAGCCCUUUGUCGUGCAGUGGUGGAAGACGCUGCCGCCACCAACAAGACCCAUCCCCGAUAUGGACUCUCUGGGUGCUCUUCUACGGGUACAUCCUACUGGGCUGGCGGUGGUUUCUGCCUCUGCGGCUAACGUCUUCAGAAUAUAUUCGUGCAUUCAAACAGAGUUGGGCGUGGAGUUUCUGCCCCAUUACAAUGUGCCCCUCGAGGGAAACAUCUUGCAGGUUUGCUUUGGAGCUUCAGCAGGUCUGUCCACGGAAGAGAACCUUCUACAGCUUUUGACGCUUUCGUAUAGUGCAGGUGAGCGGCUUGAUCUUAAUCUCUUCCAGUGGUAUGCAUCAGAGUCCUUCCCGGAGAAUUGUAGAAGACUGACUCUUCCACUUACGCCUUCAUUUACGUUACCGGUGUUCAUUGUUGCACUUGCGAGAAAUUCUAGCUUUCUAUUUGUGUGCCCCACCUGCUUUGUUAUAAUAACCAGCCAUAAUAUCAUCCUGGCGGACUAUUCGUUCCCCAUCUUCACCUACGAUGGUGCAUUUCCAACAGCAUUUGCAUACCCAGAGUCCCCGCAUGCGGACUCCUCUACUGACGAAAUUCUUGUGGCUACAGACUCUGGGGUUAUUUAUUCCGUUACUGUUUCUGAAAGUAACGCUUCUUUACAUUAUACACCACUAGUACGUCUUCCUGAGUCGAUUUCGACGUUUACUUUCGUCAACCUGAAAGAAGAAGGCUUCAUCGUCCAUUACGCAAACGAUAACGGUGGAGCUAAGAAACUCCACAUUCAGGAACCCCUUGGAGAAGUUCCUGACAAGAUACCUUACUCAGAGGUACGCUUACUUCGAGACUACAAGAAUUGGGCUCCCUUGGUGGACAUUUGUGUCAUCGAUGCAAUCAACACACGCACGGUAUAUCCUUACGCUUCCCAAGAGAUCUGGGCCAUUUCAGGGUACAACAAACGAGCCAAACUUACCAAUUUAAGCGUUGCAUACCCACUACGAAGAGAUAGUCAGUGCUACAACGACCUCAGAAAGACUGUAAAGCUAUUUCAUUUCAGGCUUAAUGAUUCAAGAGAGCUCUUCUUCGCGUCGAUGGUGUUCUCGACAAAGCUCUUAGAGCUAGAUCAUGCUGAGUUCAGCGAUAAUUCCAAGUCCAAUGGUUUUACGGGUUCCACUGAAGACGUGCUCACUGAAAUACGAGAGCCUUCGAUUUACACUGACGAGACGACUUUGUUUGUCGAUUUGGUACCAAUACCAAGUGUGCAACUGCAAGUGUUCUUGCAAAUCACCGCAUCCACAAUCACAUUCACAAACUUGGAGGACUGUUUUACCGCUUCUCUAGAGGACAAGACAGUCUUACAUGUUGAUAGUGGCUUGGGUUUCUUGUUUAUGAUCAUCAAGCUGGCAGGUACUCUCUACCUUGAGGUGGUCAGGGUGGCUGUACCGGCCUUUGAUGACGAUUUUGACGUUUUCAAAUGUCUCAGCAGCGUAUACUCCACCGCAUUGGACUUAGAUGUCAGCGUGUUGAAGACAUUUACAGAUGCUCAGGGAAAUGGCGUUUUAAUGAUGGGAACCUAUGACGAAAAGAUUACGUUGUGGCCUUACAGUGCAGACGACGGGUUCGAUCACCUGCAACGGGCAACUGUGGACUUGCGUGAGCACAACAAGUACGAGAGAUUCCCCUAUGAGUUCCAGAUUGCAAGUGACUUUCACUGGCUGUGGGGCAAGAAGAUGUUACUUGUUGGCACUCAGACUGGUUACGUAUUCCGCUUUCAUGUGAACGAGGACCCGACUAGCUUAGUGUCGUUAGUCCAGCAUUUACGUCUUGGAUCUACUCCGGUUUCAUUCACUCCCUUUGACGAGAGUCAGGUGCUUGUAGCACUUCGAAACCUAUGGCUUUUUGAGUUUGAGGAAUCCAAUUUCCCUACUAAGGUUGCCUUCGAUGAGAGAUCAGUUCACGCGACGUCUCUGGCUGUUUCAAUUGGUCUGAAUGAGCCCGGUUAUCGCAAGAUCGCCAUGGUCAGAGAUGAUGGUGUGAUCUUGGCUUCCCUUUUCUGUCAUAAAUCACCGUGUGCACGGCAGAUCAGCAUUGGAGAAGCGGCAAAAAGGCUCAUCCACUUGGAAAACAUCAAUGUGUUUGCCUUCCUUUGCGCAUCCAAAGACCCAUCAAAUCGUCUUCGCUUUGCAGACAGAAAAUCAUUCCGAAUGCUUCCCCUGGUCGAGUUCGACAACAAGCUGGGCGAGGAAAGGUCGACGCCGAUAUUUGAUCUCGACGAGAAGCCCAUUUGUGCGUUGCAGUGGGAGAUCGAGAGGAACGAAAGGGUUUCCAAAAAACUUAUCGUUGGGUGUUCAGUGAACGACUCUCAAGGAUCUCUUAAGAUCUUGGACUACUCGAAGAUUCCUCUCGGAUCAGGCUCGUCUUCCAACAUUGCAAUCAAGGUCACCGAACUUUACUCGAUUUCUCAAGGCACUCCAAUUAGUUGCAUUGCGCAGAUUGGUCUGACCAUCUUCAUUGCCUCUGAAAAUAUGCUCUUUUCUACCUCAUACUUGUUAGCUGACAAGAAGCUUCGUCCAUUUAAGCUUCUCAUGACGUUCCCUACUGAUAUUGUUUCUAUGACUACAGAUACGGAACAAGGCAGAAAAAGAAUCAUUGUAAGCACAAAAAUGGACUCUGUAUUUGAGUUUGAGUGUUGCACUGCCGAUACGCAACCAUACGAGAGACUCGAAGUUAUCGUUAGUGAUAUGCUUCCAAAAGCUGUCGCAAACCACGUCAAGAUCGGCGAUUCAAUCUACCUUUCAGAUAAGCUCCAUUCUUCGAUUCACGAAGUGACGAAGGCGGGGGAAAGAAACAAGAAAGCGAUCUUCAAAACCGCUCUGAUUGCUCGUUUGUACAAGAGCCUGGCGGUUGGUCCAUGGGCCAAUGAAUGCAAGCAUGAUUAUGUGCUAAGUGUUGGAGUGACGGGAGAGAUUGUCGUUUUCAAUCAAGUGAACAAGAAUUCUACAGAGAUAGAGCAAAUCUACGAAAAGCUCUCUGAAGAGGGUAAGAUCCCGUCAGGAAGCAGCAUGGACGCUCUUUACGAAAGACUCAACAGGCCCUUCUCGUACAAGCUUACAGGAAAAGCAUUCCAAGGAAUCUAUAAACCGUUCUUCAACUUGAAUGCUUCGAAUGACCUUAUAGACUACGAUUUGGAAGACAUAGAAAGAGCAUCUACUUUGGGAGUUCUCCUUUGA